CUCAGCAUGUCACCUCAUUAGAGAGAGCAGAUGACGAUUCAAAGGGCAGGAGAGCAAGAGAGUGAGGAGAGGUCACUGUAUGAGAUGAGAAACUAGAGAUUCUCCUCCACUCAUAUUUUAUAUGUGUAUAUAUUUGACUUGCUGGUAUCAGCAUAUACUGUAGCUUCUUAUUCCACGCUCAUUCAUUUGCCUGGUGGAUAAUUUUGUUUUUCUUUGCGUUUCUCAACUUUUUAAAAGGCAAAAAGAAGAGAGAACUUCACAUUUAAAUGUAGAGAGCUUCCAGAUUUAUGUUUUGGUUGUUUUAACUUACCUCAUACAAAUCUGGACAGUGUUUCCCGCUUCACCAUGGCGGGCAGGUGGAACCUCCUGAUACUGGCUCUCAACCUCUCCAUCGUCAUGGCCCUCUCACAAACAGAUUGCGGUCCAGGAAAAACACUUGUGAAGGAUACAUGCUAUGAUACUGAUGAAUGUGCCGUAUUUAAGACCUUCCCUGAAGAUCCUGGACAUUGUGUAGAGAAUUCAGCCUGUAUAAACACGAUUGGCAGCUACCUCUGCCAAUGCUUGCAAGGGUUCGAGUCAUCAACAGGGGCUGUGAAUUUUUCAGCUGCAACGGCUGUAAAAUGUUUGGAUAUCAAUGAGUGUAGGAGAUACAAUGACAUCUGUGGACCUAAUGCCAAAUGCAUUAACACAAUUCCCAAUUACCACUGCAUUUGUGAAGAUGGGUUUAAUACCACUACUGGAGUGAAAGAUUUUCAAAAAGGCAACAAUGUUACAUGUCAAGACAUAUGUAUGAUUGAUAAGACAAUCUGCGGAAAUGGAACCUGCCACCGUGGAUCCAGCGGCCAUUACUGUGCAUGCCACGCUGGGUUCACUAACUAUGGCAACAAAGAGUCUCGCUGCACGGCAUUGCACUGUGAUGUAUUUGAAGAUAUGGGUAAUCUGCAAGAGGAACUGCCCUUUGCACGUGAUCUUGUGAUGCAAUUGAAAAAAGUCUGCGAGGACCAUACAGAAAGACCUGUUGAGAAUCCAACAGGACUGGAUGGAAAGAAAAUGCUACAGAGAGUGCUGUCUGUGAUCGACGAGCUCUUGUCUGGUAAAGCCAUCAAUGAUCGCAAGAAAGUCUCUGCCUUUCUGGGCAUAGUGGAGAGCAUUCUGGGGCUCAUGGGGCCUUUCAUUGAGCCCCCCGGGACAAACAUAUCCUCCACACACACAGAGCUGGGGCUACUGGUACAUAAGGGGGUUGACAUACCUCAGGGAGCUGUGAAUAUAUCAUCUAAGCAUACUCGGCUGGACAUCCAGUUGGAGACAGCUGCUGGGGAUCCCUUACAUUACCCUGGCUUUACAACAGUGUCCUUGCUGAGCUACGCAAACCUGAAAGAGUCUGCAGACGGCUUCUUUAGUGGGAUGGAGCCACAAGUGAACCACAGCUAUGAGAUUGACUCUAAAGUCAUGACUGCCACCGUUAGCAACAGAAACACAAAGCACCUCGAGAAACCUGUCAAGUUGACUUUCCACCACCUCAAGCCAAAUGAAUACAACCACACCUGUGUGUUCUGGGAUUCCUCGGUGGACGGAGGCUCAUGGUCGGCUCGUGGCUGCUAUGUGAUGGAGUCCAACUCUGAAUACACUGUGUGUUCCUGCAACCAUCUGAGCAGCUUUGCUGUCCUCAUGGCGCUCUAUGAUAUCGAGAACAAGUUUGAGCUGCAGCUGAUCACCUUGGUGGGUCUGUCCCUCUCGCUGAUUUCCCUGUUUAUGUGCAUCCUGACCUUCUCGCUGAUUCGCUCCAUUAAAAGCUCAAGAACCACCAUCCACCUGCACCUCUGCAUUAGCCUCUUCAUUGCCAACAUCAUCUUCCUCGCAGGCAUCACUCGCACGGAGAACCGGGUUGGCUGUGCCGUGGUAGCUGGGCUGCUGCAUUUCUUCUUCCUGGCAGCAUUUUGCUGGAUGUGUCUGGAGGGCAUACAACUCUUCAGGAUGGUAGUCCUGGUCUUUAACACCAACUUCAAAAUGCUCUACAUGAUGGCAGGUGGCUAUGGAGUCCCAGCUUUUAUUGUCGCUAUCUCUGCUUUAGUUAAUGCCAAGGGAUAUGGCACCAAGAGACAUUGUUGGUUACACCAGGAGUUCAUUUGGAGUUUCUUUGGCCCUGUCUGCGUCAUCGUCAUAAUCAACAUUUUCUUCUUCCUCAUCACUGUGUGGAAGCUGGCACAGAAGUUCUCAAGUCUCAACCCCGACUUUAACAACCUGCAGAAAAUAAAGGCGUUCACCUUUACUGCAGUGGCUCAGCUGUGUUUGUUGGGCAUCAUGUGGAUCUUUGGCUGUUUCCAGUUUAAUGAGGGCACAAUAGUCACGUCCUACCUUUUCACCAUCUUUGGCAGCUUUCAGGGUGUGAUGCUCUUUGUCAUGCACUGUCUGUUUUCCAAGCAGGUGAGGGAGGAGUAUGGAAACAUCCUGUCCAGAUUCUGUGCACCUUGGAAGAAGAGCUACUCAGAGUUCAGUUACUCCAACACCAGCAAAGCUCAAGGAUCCAAGAGCACCCAUGACACAGCAGAGUCUCGUAUCUGAGGAGCUAAAUAGCGACGUGGGAGCAAGGUCUGAUUUAUUUCCCGGAGACACACCGCCUAAUGCUGAGCUACCAUUUCAAUGCACUGGUUUGCUUCACUGC